AUGCAUGAAAAAAUACAAGCAGUAUAUCAAAAUAAUGUAUCAUCAUCAUCAUCAUCAUCAUCAUCAUCAUCAUCAAUAAGAACAAAAUCACAUUAUAAUAAAUUUGUACAUGAAGACACUACAUUUAAUUAUACCAGAAUUCAAUAUUCAGUUUUACAUCUUCAUUCAAUUCCAAAACAAUUAAGAACUCACGCACAACCACAUGAGAAAGCAACCGUCUUAAUAGCUUCUUCCAUUGGUCAAAGUGAACCAUAUGGUCAAGCACGUACUUUUGGAGACUUUAUCCAUACCGUUAAUUCAAUCUCAUCACAUCAAGAAAAUAGAUUAAGAAUCAGUUUGGGAUUAUUAUGUAAUAACCCAAUAGAAUUUGCAAAUAUUACAAAUUAUAUUGAAACUAAUUCAGAUAAACUUUCAAAACUUUAUGAAAAGAUUACACUUAUCCUGGCACCAUUCUUAGAUAAAAAUGCCGGGUUUUCAAGAGAAGAAAGACAACUGGAUAAUAUUCAAAGAUUAAGACGUCGUUUAAUUGCUAAAUCAAGAAAUUUCUUACUAUUAAAUGUCCUAGAAGAUGAACAAUAUACUUUAUUCAUUGAUGCAGAUGUGGUAUACUUUGAUUAUCCCGAAAAUGUGAUUUCUACAUUCAUUAAAACCGAAAAGGAUAUUAUUGUUCCUAGAGUCACGAAAGGUGACAAUCAAGAUUAUGACAAAAACUCAUGGAGGGGUCAAAGAACAAAACCUUCUCAGGAAGAAUUAGAUCUCAUGGAUAAAAAUCAAUGGGAUAAAUGGGGAUAUGUUCCUCGUGAUGUGGACGAUAAAAUGUGGCAUUUCAAAUCCUAUGUAGACAAUAAUCAUCAAGAGCAUACCCAACAUAAAGAUGAACAUGAUUAUAUCGUACCUUUGGACUCUGUGGGAGGGGCUGUUUUGUUUGCUAAAUCAGUUGUUUACAAACAAGGAGCAAUCUUCCCAACUAGUAAUCUUAUCGGUACUUCUUGGGAUAGAUCAGAAGGAUAUGAUGGAAUAGAGACUGAAGGUUUAUGUUAUUUGGCAAAGCCAUUGGGUUAUAGCUGUUGGGCCACAAUAUUCAUCUCUUUUUUAUUGAUUAAAACAUCCACAUCAAUAACAAUCCCAAAAAGAACCAAACUUGAUAUCCCUACAACUUCAACCCCAUAUGUGAAGACUUUACAUAGAGAUGAUACAUUCGAUUACAUAAAACUCCAUUAUUCAAGACAGGAAGACCCGCCAACCAAAAAACCAACCGUACUCCUUCUCACCUCAAUCAAACCAAAAUCACACCCCUAUGGUCCCGAUAGAACAUUUGACAAUUUCAUUCAAUUCUUAAAUUCAAUCUCAAUGGCUUCUCCACAAUAUGAUUUCUCAAUCGGUAUACUAGCAAAUGGUGCAACUCAUUUCAAUGAAAUUCAUACAUAUAUCGAAACCAAUUCAUCAAGUUUAUCAACCACUUAUUCAUCAAUCACCCUCCUUCAAUCGCCAUCCUUAGAUGACCCAACUGUUCGUCAUAAAAACAAACAUCCAACCAAUUUCGAAAUCCUAAAAAAGAAAAAAGUCAUUGCCAAAUGUCGGAAUUUCUUAUUGACAAACGUCCUAAAAUUCCAACAAUAUACAAUAUUCAUCGAUUCUGAUAUUCUGUCAAUCACAAAACCUGAUUUUGUCGAUUAUUUUAUUAAAUCAGGUUUAGAUAUCAUCGUACCUCAAGUCCGUGCUCCCUCGGGGAAUGCUAACCUCCGAGCCACCGAUCCGGGGACUUGGAGAGGUCUGAGAACAAAACCAAGUAAAGAGGAAUUGGAAAUCUUGGAAUUGGAUGAAGAAACCGCCAGAGGAUAUGCAUUUAUGCCACAUACUGAAUUUAAACCUGGUGUUUUUACGUUGCAGAAUUAUAUUCAGAAUGUGUUUAAUGAAUUUAUUGAUCAUAAAGAUAAUAUUGCAUAUAGUGUCCCAUUAGAUUCUGUAGGAGGACUGGUUCUUUUUGCAAAAUCGGUGAUUUUUAAAUUGGGAGUUACCUUCCCACCGACGAAUAUAAUUGGGACAACUUGGGAUAGAAAAAGAGGUGGAUAUGAUGGGAUUGAGAGUGAAGGGAUUUGUUAUUUGGCUAAACCUUUAGGAUUUCAUUGCUGGGCAAUGCCUAAUGUAAUAGCUGAACAUUAA